UAACUGUCUGGCAGGACAACAGAUUUGUACCUUGUCAGCUCGGGGAUUUGAACUUGCAACCUUCCGGCUACUAGUCCAAUGCUCUAACCACUAGGCUACCCUGCCUCCCGGUAAUAAAAGGAGUAUAAAUACAGGAGUAAUAAAGGCCAAGUUCACAAAUUUUGUUGAACAAUAUUUAUUUGUUAUUUUUAUUGAUUAUUUGUUUUAAAUUUUGAUUUAUCAGGGGCCGCUGCAGCACCUUCAGCACCAUACUUCCUGCGGCUAUGGGAUAGGCUAUGUUUUUGAAACAAAUAAUCUGUUCAAAUUGUGUUUUAAACAAAAAUUAGGAGGAUCAGGUAUUUUGGGAAUGUUACUAUUUCAAUACUUUCCCAUUUCAAGGCCAAAAAAGGCGAGUAUAGUCUCUAAAAGGGGCACUUGUACUUUAAGUGGCUCCUUCGCCCUCGGGCGCUCAGUUAAACACCCACGUCAGCACUGCUGUUUUUUCUCGGUCUAUAAACGGGUUUCGGUCUUUAGGGCUGAGCAGGAAGUGGAGCGAAUGUGUACCCCGAACCAGUAAAAGAAGGAGUAAAAUUGCCAACUAAAAAUAAAAUAAAAUGGCAAUGGUGACAGAGAUGGGGGCGAAUUUGGCAUAUCGGGCAACGGGCGAACCAAAUCACCUACAGGCCCAGCGGUGGUACCAUACGGACAUCACAGCCGAUCACCAGAGCUAUCUGCUGAAGCAGUUGGAUAAUCAGAGGCGUCAGGAGCUGUUCUGUGACUGCAACGUUCUGGUGGAGGGCCAGCUUUUCAAGGCCCACCGCAAUGUCCUUUUCGGCAGCAGCGGCUACUUCCGUAUGCUGCUUUCCCAUGGGGCCGAUGACAACGCUGAGCCGGUCAGCACCUCCUUCGAGGUCUUUAGCCCUGACACGUUCACCGUCAUCCUGGACUUCAUCUACUCUGGACAGCUGGACCUCUCCAGCCACAAUGUGAUCGAGGUGAUGUCCGCUGCCAGCUACCUGCAGAUGAACAACGUCAUCAGCUACUGCAAGGACUUCAUCAAGUCCUCCCUGGAGAUCAGUGCCAAAGAGGAUGAUGUCCGCUACCUCAGCUUGUCUGAGAACAGCUAUCCUCAGGCGGGUAGGGAGGACAACGCCAUAGACCACCAAGCAGCCACCUCCACCAGCCCUCCCUCUGCCCUCUGGACCCACGACAGCUCCAGGCCCCAGUCCUCCAGGUACCUGGUGAAGGAGUUGGACCUGGAUGCUGCAGUCCUGAAGCAGGAUCUCAGCUCCCCUCAGCCCAGCCAGCAGCACAGCCCUGAGGUGGAGGUGCUGCCGGAUGCAGAGGAGCCCCAGUUUGCCCGGCCUCGUGCGGAGCGCAGACGGAAAGGGGCUGGCAAGAGGAAACACUACUGCAUGCGCUCCUCAACAGAUGAGGCCCUGGCCAUACAAGAGGCCCGGUCACAAACGGCACAGAAGGCAGACGAACUGUAUGCCACUCUACCUACCAUUGUGGGUGUUGUGGGACUCUUUAACAAAGACCCUAACCCCUCCAUGCGCUUCAAGUGCCCGUUCUGCACUCACACGGUCAAGAGGAAGGCAGACCUGAAGAGGCACCUGCGCUGUCACACGGGCGAGCGGCCGUAUCCCUGCCAGGCCUGCAACAAACGCUUCACCCGCCUGGAGCACCUUCGCAGCCACUUUGAGACGAUCCAUCAGGCCAGGAAGCUGGUGUGCAGGAAGUGUAAGCGUCAGGUGACAGAGCAAAGUGGGCGGGUAGUGUGUGAGGGCUUGCGGCGCUACCGAAUGUGUACUGAGUGCAUCCAGGAGACGGGCUGUGAGGAUCUGCCUAUCGAUGGCCUGGAGGGGGCUAGCGAGGAGCCUGCCCUGUUGCUGGGGGUGGACGGGGAGGAGGAGGAUGGAGACACACAGAGGAGUUGGCUGGUAACCGAUGAUGACGACCUGGCAGAAGACUCAGGAGCUGACCUUAUCAUCCAGGAAGUGGAAGACAGCGAUGAGGAGCUUCAGUGAAAGUGUGUGUGUGUGUGUGCGUGUGUGCUUGUGUGCUUGCUUGCUUGGGCACUUUUGUGUAUGAGUGUCUGCUAUAUUUCUCAACGUUUAUUGUCAGUGAUUAUAUAUAAAUAAGCAUCCACAUUUUUAAUGACUAUUCAUUGGAGAAAGUUAUGUUGAAUAAUAAUUGUUUAUAACUGUAAAUAUUAGAAUUUGUAAUAUAAUAGACUGCUUUUAUUCUGAACAAGAUGUUUUCAAGCUUGUAUUUUCAGUUUAAUAUGAAAAGAAAAAGUGUUUGAUAUUCAAUGUACAAUGUUACCAUUUUGUUUGUCAGCUUUCAUCUUUCUUUGCAUCAAGAAUAUUAACAUUAAUAUUAACAAUAUUAUUUCCAGCCAAAUACUCCUCACACCUUUUGAUGUUAGUGAGGAUUUUAAGGGACGUCAAAGGGAAGUCAGUGGUGUUUAUAUAUGUUUGCCAAUGCCUUUCAUGUUAAGUCAACUACAGUGGACAGUGUUUGCACGUUUUUGUGUAGAGAAUGUUUUACUCUUAAUUGUUUACUAUUAAUUGUUUGUUUUUAUUUACAAAUGAAUUACUACACAUUAUUUUGACCAUGAUUAUUGUUGAUGUAUCAUUCAUGUUUAUUUAUUAUCUUUUAUACUUAUUUUACACACAUAAAAUUUAUAUUUUUAUAAGAA